AUGGAGGCCAUCGAUCCAGCAACCGGCCAGCCCCUCCCCAACGACGCCAUCCAGCGCGUCCUCUUCGUCGCAAACACCGUCCACGUCUACAACAUCCCGCCCCUCACCUCCAUGCGCGGCCACGCCGCCGCCUCCUGGACCGAAGACCCCGCCCGUCACAUCUUCACCGCGCGCCUCCGCGUCGUCGAGACCUCGUACGAGAGCCCCGACGCCGCCUCCUCCCUCAAGAUCGACCUCGUCCUCGAAGACCCGUCCACCGGCGCGCUCUUCGCCGCCGCGCCCUACAACGACCGCGGCGCCGUCGAGCCCGUCGUCGACAGCAGCCGCUUCUUCGCCGUCACCGUGAAAGACCCCCAGGGACGCAAGGCCAUGCUGGGGAUCGGCUUCGAGGAGAGGUCCGACGCUUUCGAUCUCGCCGUCUCGCUGCAGGAAGCCAGGAGGAGCCUUGGGUGGGAGACGGAGCAGAGCCAGAACCCGGCCGAUGCAAAGGCCAAGACGGAGACAAAGGACUACAGCCUCAAGGAGGGAGAAACCAUCACAGUAAACCUCGGCGGCACAAAGUUCGGCCGGCGGCGACCCCAGCACGCGGACGACGAAGCCUCGUCUACAUCUUCGAGCUCGGCUGAUUUGCAGUCUUUCGCGCUGCCGCCUCCCCCCGCCGGUGCAGCUUCGUUUUCUCUCCCGCCGCCGCCUAAAACCUCUGAUGUCAAAGAAAAGAGAAAGUCGCUAAAGAACUUGGGAUUUGACGACGGCCAGUUUGGAGAAUUCGCGUAG